UUACUCGUAGACUUGGUUUAAUUAAGUCUUCAUCUCCCUAAAUAAACAACAAAACCUCUCUCAAUUUCAAUUCAAGUCCAUUCAUAUUUUUUCAACUCUAUUCACUCUCUCUCAGUUCUAGACUCUUCCAUGGCUUCCGAUCUCGAAAAGAAGGCCAAAGAAGCCUUCAUCGACGACCACUUCGAGCUCGCCGCCGACCUCUUAUCUCAGGCCAUUUCUCUAAACCCUAACAGCGCCGAACUGUACGCCGACCGCGCUCAGGCCAACAUUAAACUCCACAAUUUUACUGAGGCGGUUGCUGAUGCGAACAGAGCAGUUGAGUUGGAUCCUUCCAUGGCUAAAGCUUACUUGCGGAAAGGUACUGCUUGUGUAAGGCUUGAGGAGUAUCAAACUGCCAAGGCAGCCUUAGAGAUUGGUGCUUCUUUGGCCCCAGAAGAUGCUAGAUUCACUAAGUUGAUCAAAGAAUGUGACAAGUGCAUUGCAGAUGAGACUGCUAAUCUUCCAAAUAAAGAGUCAGAAACUCCAGAAAAUGUUGUCUCUAUGGAAGAUGUACACCCUGUGGCUGACCAUUCCAGCCAGGUGCCAAUAGCUGUGCCAUCCAAACCAAAAUAUAGGCAUGAAUUCUACCAGAAGCCUGAGGAGGUGGUUGUUACUAUAUUUGCGAAGGGCUUGCCAGCUAGUAGUGUUGUUGUUGACUUUGGCGAGCAAAUACUAAGUGUUAGCAUCGAUGUUCCUGGUGAAGAUGCUUACCAUUUUCAGCCUCGAUUAUUUGGAAAGAUAGUACCUGAAAAAUGCAGAUUUAAUGUGUUAUCUACUAAGGUUGAAAUACGACUUGCAAAGGCUGAUCCCAUACACUGGACAUCUCUUGAAUUUGUGAAGGAUCAAGCAGUUCUGCAAAGGGUUAAUGUAUCCUCAGCUAAUGCAUCGAAUAGACCUUCUUAUCCUUCAUCAAAACCAAAAGGAGUAGACUGGGACAAGUUGGAAGCUCAAGUGAAGAGGGAGGAGAAAGACGAAAAGCUAGAUGGUGAUGCAGCUUUAAAUAAAUUUUUCCGUGGGAUAUAUGGUGAUGCUGAUGAAGACACAAGAAGGGCAAUGCAAAAAUCUUUCGUGGAAUCAAACGGGACUGUGCUUUCGACAAACUGGAAAGAAGUGGGUACAAAGAAGGUGGAAGGAAGUGCUCCGGACGGUAUGGAGAUGAAGAAGUGGGAAAUCUAAGCUCUUGGUUUCUAUGGAUAUAUUGUAGUGUUCUCUUUUGGGAUUUUGAAUCAUCCUGUCUCUGUUUUGGUAUUCUUUUCCUCUUUCAGUUCGUAUUUAUCAAACUUGGAACUAAAGAGUAGGUUGUCUUUCUUCGGUUUACGCGAUACAUGUUCUGUUCAUCUCUUGAUAUGCAUGUCUGAAAACUUCGACUGCCUUGAUCUACCAGUUGUAAUUUUGUUUGUUGUUUAGUACAGUUUGCUUGCAA